AUGGAUCCAAAUGCGAACACGCCAGUCGUGAUCCUCGUCUUGGGGUUGCUCCUUCUCCCAGUCUUCUUCAUUCCCCAGGUGAACGGAUGGAGCAAGCGAGCGUCGUCGGCGCUGCUUCCGUGCUUGAACCGACUCUGGAAUUGGCCUCAGCAAUCUAGCGAGAUUGUUUCGCUACGCAUGUAUCCCAUCAAGUCCUGCCGCGGCUUUGAAGUCCAAUCGACCAUCCUGAAAGAGCAUGGACUUGAUCUCGACCGUCGCUGGAUGCUCGUCGAUGCCGAGAAGCGAGAGUUCUUGACAAUUCGACAAAUCCCGGACAUGACACGCAUCGGAACCGGUCUGACUGCCGAUGGCUCUGAAUUAAUUGUGACCAUUCCGUCCAAGACUGAACCUGCCAGCACCCACACCGUCCGGAUCCCAUCUCACCCGACAUCUGAAUGGCUAGAGGCCAAUACCUCGGUAGCGCCCGUCAAGAUCUGGGAUAACGAUACCGAUGGGUACAUUUACAGUGAUUCAAUCAACGCCCCGUUCUCCGAAUUCCUCGGUCGCCCUGUUGCGUUGGCCUAUAAAGGCCCAACGCCACGCGUGCUCAAAGGUAACGGCGCGCCCAAACUUCUAGGCCGUGUCCAGACAACCGGUUUUCCCGAUGUAUUCCCCAUUCUAAUCGCGUCCGAGGCAUCUCUUACGGAGCUGAAUUCGCGGCUGCGUGAUGCAGAUGCAGAUCCCAUCACUAUCGAGCGGUUCCGGCCGAAUAUCAUCGUCCGUGGCGAGAAAGCCUGGGUCGAGGAUUCAUGGAAGACAGUGCGCAUUCGGACCUUGUCCCGAAAAGCCGACUCUAGGGAAGCGUGCAAGCAGAAAAUUAUAUCCCAAGUUCCCCUGGAUCUCGAUAUUGUCGCGCGUUGCGCCCGUUGUCAGGUGCCCAAUGUGCACCCAGAUACGGCAAUGAAGCAUAAAAAGCAGCCAUGGAAUACGCUCAUGUCCUACCGUCGAGUGGAUGAAGGAAUUAAGUACAAGCCUUGUUUUGGAAUGCUAGCUGCGCCGAGAAGCGAGGGAACUAUCGAAGUUGGUAUGCGAUUGGAGGUGCUGGAAGAGACGAAUAAGCAUCGGUAUAUUACUGGCUUUUGA